ACUUCAACUUUUUUGCGACCUCUCGAAACCAUAUGAACCUAAAAAUAAAACGACAACCAAAAGAGAGGAUUUCACUGCAGCCGGGAAGUGGUUAAUUAAUAGGGGCGGCAAACACUCGAAAAAGCAAUUUUCGCGACAUUGACCACAAAGAAGUAAAAAUAACAUUCCUGCAGGUAAUAAGGGUCGUAUUUCCCUCACACUUGCGCACAUCAACCGAGCUACACGUAAAAGCAUGAAAUUCAAGCAAUAUCUGACAUCAGGAACACGGAAAAGAGAAAACACCGAAGUAGAGCUCGAGAAAGACUGUUGCCCCGAGGAAGAUGCAACCAUUAACAGUACUAAUAAUUUCAAUCAUCUUGGCUGGUUUUUGUCUGACCUCCUAUGCUACAGUGUGCAGUGAUCGAAUGAGGACAAGCACCUGCAAGUAUUUAAUCAACGUUUACCGACAGAAGAGCGUCGACUGUUGCAAGUGGAAAUCCAUGAAAACUCGCUGCGCUCAAACAUGCAAACAGUGCGUCCCCAAACCGAAGUGUGCAACGCCUGCCAGUAAAUACGGCUGUUGUUGGGACAACAAAACAGAAGCCAAAGGAUAUUAUGGCGAGGGUUGUCCCGAAUGUAAAGACCGUUAUCCAAGCCACUGCCGAAGACGAAUUUCAAGAUUUUCCGAAGCAAAAGCCUGCAAUGCUCUAGGAAAGGCAUACUGCGCUAAGAGCUGCAACGUUUGCAGCGAACCUGCUGCAGCAGCCCAAGCUGUCCCUGAUUGUAUCCAUUCCCCUUACGGUUGCUGUUGGGAUUUCACAGCCGCCCUGGGACCAGAUGGAGAGGGAUGCAGAGAAUGCAGGAACCUUUAUAGAAACCUGUGCAGAUACUGGAGUGAUUAUUGUGAGCCUGAAGCAUUGAGAUACGCAGGCAGAAGGACGGUGGAGCAGUACAGAGUCAUUUGUCCGGUUACGUGCAGGAUAUGCUCGCCUGGACAAAAAUUGCUGAACACAUCAAGAUAUGAGCGUCAGUAAAUGCUACUUGCAUUGGAGGAAAAACACGCGUGUCGAAAGAAUAUGAGCACAUGCACCUUAAUCACCGACUGUUGCACAUAACGUGAAGAAGAUUGACAUCAGCGGCAGAGAGAUAAAUCUUAGCCUGCGAGCAGGCUCACGUUGGAGCACAAGCGGGCGCGGCGUACGAAAUCGAGCCGCGAUACGAAAAAGUGGCGCCUCUUCAGCAGACUCCUUCCCGCCGGAUCGCCCUUGCUCUUCGCCGCUAGCGUACGUGAACUCAAAGGCGAGCCUGCUCGCAGGCUAGAAAAAACCGAACAUUGAAACCAUUCACGUCUGACUACAUGGAAGCAAGUCGGAGUUUUAUAACAAAAAAAGCAACCUCUUAGUUUAUCAUCACUGAGUUCUAGCUGACAACGGAAGAUUAACAGUCAUUCUGGAUUGAAACAGUUCAUUUUACGACAAUUUUUGCGAAGAAGAGCGUAACGAAAUAGAAUUACCGGAUGCUGUCACUGAGAAAGAUCUGUACAACAAGCCAUAGCUGAAAAUGAAGAGGCAAAACGUAAAGAUAAUUAGACAGUAUGGAAAGUAUACUACAAAUUCCAAUAUUUCGAAUAAUUCGAAGAAGUAAGACAGUGCCCACGGGGGAGGGGGAGGGGCUGCAGUGCCGGCCAUGGGAAAUAUUGAAGGAAACUAGGCUAAACUAUAACUUUCAUACCUUUUAGCAAGAGAUUAUGAUCCUAAAACAUCCUUGGGUUUUUCUUAAGACUUUAACUUGAGAACUGGUUCUUGCACCAAGAGUAUUGAUUAUCAUGUGUAACUCAGUCAUUGCAACAAUGUAAAUGGCUUGUAAGUCUGACCGAAAAGUAAAAAGGAAUAAAAUAUGCAUUUCUGAAAAGAAACAUACAGGUUGAUAACGGCUAAAGAUGUAAAAAGGUAAUUUCACUGUAGCCUAUGAACCUAGUCGGUUAAGUAAAAAUUUUCAUUGUAAUGAUAUAUCUAAGGGAUAAAAAAGGAUUACAUGUAAUAAGUUAUUAUUAUGAAAUAGAAAUGAUUAUUAAAAACUGGAUCAUUGUAUACAUACAAUCAGCCAAGAGUUUUAAUUUCUCCGAGAUUUCUGUAAGAGCGAGUUGUGUUCUUAGAUGUCUCCUGGGAGGGGUAUUUCAUGACGAUUUCAUUUGCACACUACGUGACCCGUUUCUUCUUGUCUGCGCAACAGAGUACAGACCCUGCUACAGGCGCUCCAGUAGGUCAGAGCGGUGCGUGAGUGCGAGGACACAUAAGCGCGCGCGGACACGCGUCUCCUCGUCGCGCGUGUCGUACCGCUCCAACUUAAUUAUUUCGAAUUACCAGUAGACUCUGAGUCGAGCGCAUGUUAUACAGGUUACGUUUCCUCAGUUCGUUGUGCAUCUCCCUCCCUCUGGAAUCUAAAAUGCCGUUUCUGCAGAUAAAUAUAUAUACAUGAUCGGCUCACUAGAGGCUACUGUAGGUAUGUGCGACCCCAAAUGGUAUGGUUUAGAGUGAUUUUGGCCUUAAAAAGGUAUAGAUUUUGACCAGAUUUGUCUGAAAUUGGCUAUGUUUUUCACGCUGGCUUGGCAUUGCACGUUUUGUUUUCAAGGAAAUAGUUUUUCCACAUCAACAUUGGGUACAGGUCAGGUUUCAAGGUUUGGGCUUACACCCCCACCAAAACCUAUGGGAAGUAACCUCCGGGGCGAUCACACCACACUUUGCGCUUCCAACGUCAACAAAGAGUUCACUUCUCUGAAAGAGAAAAAAAGAAUGAAACGCGCAGAAGAAGAAGAA